GCGGAAAGAAGAGAGACGCCUGGGGCAGAGCGGUACAGAAGCAGCCUCGGAUUGUGCCGGAGACGCAAGCGUUAAGGGGAGGCGGGGAGUGACGCGGUUUGCGUCUGGAGCGGCUCCUUGGAGUCCACAGCAUUCAGCGCCGGAGCCUCGCCUUCCUUUCUCCCUCUGCAGAUACCGAGACACAAAAAGAGGAGCAACCCCUGGACCAGACCCGCCGGCACCAUGACCGAGACCACCAAGACCCACGUUAUCCUGCUCGCCUGCGGCAGCUUCAACCCCAUCACCAAAGGGCACAUUCAGAUGUUCGAAAGAGCCAGAGAUUAUCUGCACAAAACUGGAAGGUUCAUUGUGAUUGGUGGGAUUGUCUCUCCUGUCCACGACUCCUACGGCAAGCAGGGCCUGGUGUCGAGCCGGCACCGUCUCAUCAUGUGCCAGCUGGCCGUCCAGAACUCCGACUGGAUCAGGGUGGACCCGUGGGAGUGCUAUCAGGACACCUGGCAGACCACCUGCAGCGUGUUGGAGCACCAUCGGGACCUCAUGAAGCGGGUGACUGGCUGCAUCCUCUCCAAUGUCAACACACCCUCCAUGACACCCGUGAUUGGACAGCCCCAGAAUGAGAACUCCCAGCCCAUUUACCAGAACAACAAUGUGUCCACCAAGCCCACUGCAGCCAAGAUCUUGGGGAAGGUGGGAGAGAGCCUCAGUCGCAUCUGCUGCGUCCGCCCGCCCGUGGAGCGCUUCACUUUUGUGGACGAGAAUGCCAACCUGGGCACGGUGAUGCGGUACGAGGAAAUUGAGCUGCGGAUCCUGCUGCUGUGCGGCAGCGACCUGCUGGAGUCCUUCUGCAUCCCAGGGCUCUGGAACGAGGCGGACAUGGAGGUGAUUGUUGGGGACUUUGGGAUCGUGGUGGUACCCCGGGAUGCAGCCGACACAGACCGAAUCAUGAAUCACUCCUCAAUUCUCCGCAAAUACAAAAACAACAUCAUGGUGGUGAAGGAUGACAUCAACCAUCCCAUGUCGGUUGUCAGCUCAACCAAGAGCAGGCUGGCCCUGCAGCACGGGGACGGCCAUGUCGUGGAUUACCUGUCCCAGCCGGUCAUCGACUACAUUCUCAAGAGCCAGCUGUACAUCAACGCCUCGGGCUAGCGGCCACAGCUCUCUGUCCCUCUCCCCAUGUCCUCUGCCACCACGCUGGCCCCUCCACUCUCUGUCAGUCCCCCGUUUCUCUCCUGCCUCUAUUUCUCCAUCUCCUCAUCUUGACUGUUCUCCUCGUUCGCUGACUCAAGUCCCCACAGUGUGGGGACCUGCAGAGAACCACGGCAUCCCUUAUUCCACAGUCAUCUUUGGACAAACUUUCCUC